AUGAGACUAAGAUAUAAUUUACCAUCACGUAAUUAUGGUUCACCCCAAGCACCACCCUCUCCUAAUUUUGCAACAGAUUCUAGUGAUUUAGGAUUACAAUUACCAGCUGCACCAACAACAUUGAGACCAGAAUAUUCUGCUGAAAUUCAAAAUUCAGCUGAAACAUUUGAAGAUAAUCGAAAUGGUGGGGCUGAAUUGGGACGUUUAACUGAUUCAAGAAAACCACAAAGUGCUAAACAACAAGUUGAACAGCAACAACCACAGAUUGCAAUUCAACUUGGAAUUCCGCAAGUUCAAAAUGGAUUUGCCCAUGCUCUAGCUGUUUAUAAUCCAUCAGCUCAACAACAACAACAACAAUUAGUUACUCAAUAUCAAACAACUCCACAAUUAGUUUUGGAACAACAACCUUUAGUUGCAGAACAAACAAUAACUGCUACAGCACAGCCAACAUUAGUAGCUCAACCAACAUUAAUCGGAUCACAACCAUUAUUAGCUAGACAAACACUUUUUGCACAACAACCUUUAGUUGCUCAACAACCGUUAAUUGCUCAAUAUCCCCAGCUAACAUCAGGUCAACUUGUUGCUCAAUAUCGUGUUGCUCCUGUACAACAACAAGUAUUUGGUAAUUUACAAACCCAUGCUAUUCUAAAUCCACAACAAUAUGUUCAAAUUCAACCUGCUGCAGCACUACAAACUGUACAGCCGAUUGUACCAGCAGCAGUACCAGAAACUAAUAUUCAACAAACGAGAAUACAAUCUCAACCAAUUAUUCAAGCAGUAGUUGGUAGAUUACCAAGUGGAGAACCAUUUGCACGUGCAAAAACAGGAAAAUUACAAGCUCAACCAAUUUCUAGUCAACAAUAUCAAAUUCAAUCAAAUCAAAUUUUAGGUAAAUAUCAAAACAUUUUAGCACGUCAAGUUGCUGAAGCUCCAGCACAACAAGAUGAUCAACAAGUAGAACAACAACCUGGUUUUGCAUAUGCCGCUAUAGGUUUUUAA